UUGGUUUGCUAUUAUAUUUGACAUUUAACUUCUUAUAGUUUUCUAUGGAUGCAAUUUACUACGAAAGUUCAUUGAACAGAUUAAUUUGCGAAAAAUGAUACAGACUUGUAGAAAAUAGUAAAAUUUGAACGGCGAAAAAUCGCAGCGCAAUGUCGCGACCUUCCACUAUAUCUGUGGAGCCCAGUUCACCUGUGCAGAAGGUAUGGAAACCCGAGUUGUAUAAAAUACAACUGGAAGCGCCCACGCCCAAACCUUUACACCGCACACGGCCCUUAACAUUAAAUGUCACCAAUAAUGAAGGGCAUUGUUAUGGUCCAGAGUACCACGGCGCAAUGGGACACCUAGAAGCUGAACAACUUUUGUCCAAUAAAGCAGAUGGCACGUACUUGUUGCGCCGUAGUCCCAAAGCAGAUGACUAUUAUACUUUAAGCGUGCGUUUUAAUUAUCGUACCAAACAUUUUAAGAUUUAUUACAAACCUGGCAAAGGGCACUACUUGCAAGAACAAUCCAAGCACUAUGAUACCAUACACGAUUUGGUUGCUGACGGCCUGGUUAAUUUUUACAUGCAAUUACAUGCUGCUCCCAUCAUUCUACAAAUUAAUCAGCAAACGCGUAAUUGCUACCAACAGAGUCCAUACAUGACACUUAAUCGACGUAAAUUGAGGGCGUUAUCCCAUGAGCUUGGCAAGUCAAUGGUGUCAGCGAAAGACAAUUGUGGUGUUAUAGAAAUUACUAACACUGAUGUCAAUGGUGAUUGCGAUAGUGUCAAAGCGCCGGUAAAUAAAGAAAUUACCAACAAAAUGAAGGACGCCAGUGAUACCGCCGACUUGAUACCACCACUUGUGUAUGAAAAGGCACAUACCUUUAAAGUUCAUAACUUUAAGGGUCUCAAUUGGUGUGAGUUUUGUGCGAAUUUUCUUUGGGGUUUCACUGCACAGGGUAUGAAGUGUGAAGCAUGCGGUUUUAUGGCGCAUUUCAAAUGUGCAGAGUUAGUACCGGCCAAAUGUGUGCCGGAUAUGAAGCUUAUACGUGGUGUAUUUGGCACUGAUUUGACCACGGUGGUGCAGCUGUAUCAGAGCAGUGUACCAUUCGUUGUGAGACGUUGUGUGGAAGAGGUUGAGGCACGUGGUAUGUUGCAAGAGGGUAUAUAUCGCGUUUCGGGCUUUGCAGAUGAAAUAGACGCGCUCAAAUUAGCGCUGGAUCGUGAUGGCGAAAAGACGGACAUGUCGGAGGGCGCUUAUGGCAAUGUAAAUGUGAUAGCUGGCACUUUGAAACUCUAUCUGCGUCUACUGCCCGUGCCGCUCAUCACUUUUCAGGCUUACCCGAGUUUUAUGCAAGCAGCAAGAAGCCCUAACGCUGCAGAGCAGAUAAGUAAUAUGACUGAGGCGGCUAAACGUUUACCGCCAGCGCAUUACAACUGCCUCAAAUUCAUGGCAGAGCAUUUAAAAAGAGUGGCUUCCCAUUACGCGGCUAACAAAAUGAACGAGCAUAAUUUAGCCACUGUAUUUGCACCAACACUUAUAGCUACUCCACAGCAUUUGACCAAUUUAACGGAAGAGAUUUUUAUGUUAUCUACAUUAAUUGCGAAUUGCGUGGAUAUUUUCAUUUAGUCACAUAUUAUACACAUUUUUAUGUCGAUUUAAUUGCGGAGGGCAUUAAAUUGGGGAAGCUGUGCAACUUUUAUCACACAGGCAUACGCUCAAACAGGUCUUAGGCAAUAUUUACGAAUUAUUAUUAAGUAACAUAGCUUGAGUAAAUGCCGUAGGCCACGAAUUUAAAUACAUUAAAAUUAGUUGAGGAAUAUUUAAAACAAAUUUUACACA